UCAGUUCACUUUUGUAAGAAUUUCUAGCUGAGUUCCCUUUCCAACUGGCGAUUAUCUAUUGAAGAUUCAGUGGUGGCUCGAUAAAAAGCCACAAAGGCGAAAUUAAAGCAAGACUGGAUUGUGCAGGAGAUCGGAUAUCUCUAUAAUUAUAGUCUAUUAGUGUUCAAUCAGCGUUUAGAGUAAUUAAACUCUAUCAUGCGUAAAUGGACGAAGCAUAAAACAACACGUUCGUGUCAUUCAAAUGUUAUUGUGCCCUCAAGAGCAGGAACAAUGCGUUGCCAGCUGAUGAUCUGUGCGGUUCUCGGAUUAUUCCUAACUUUCCACAUCAAAAUUAACGUAAAUAUAUGGAUAAUACUAGUCAAGUGGACAAUAGUGAACCAAGUUUUCAGGAUGCCGUCGUCUUCAAGUUUACAAACUUCGUCUGCGAGAGUUACAACCAAUCCUGGUUCGUGUUCCACAACUAUCGUCUGAAGGCCGUCAGUCGAAACAAAGUGCUCCUCAAUAUGAAUGGUACGAUACUGCAUCCGGCCAACAAUAUUUCAGUUCAUAGCAGAAUUUUCAAAAAGGCAAACGGCUACAAGCCCUGGCUUUUCGAUAUUUACUUUGAUGUCUGUCAGUACUUGAGAAAACGGAAUCAACCUUUUGUUAAUAUAGUGUAUGGGCUCUUCAAAGAUUUUAGUAACAUAAACCACUCAUGCCCCUACGUGGUAAGAUUAUACGUCUAUGUCGAACCACUUGUACAUCUGAAAUUUAUAUUGCAGGGUCCACAGAUUGUUAAGGACUUUUAUCUAAGACCUGAGCUACUGCGUCUUCCCUUUCCAACAGGGGAUUAUUUAGUGGCGAUUCAGUGGUACUUCGAUAAGAAGCUACAGUUUGAUACGAAUGUUAGUUUCACAUUCGUAGAAGAUCUAAUGAAGAGAAAAUAGUGGGAAUCGCCGUCAGACG